GGCCCAGCACGGUGAAAUUAUAAUGCACACAGUUGUUGGGGCAGAGAGGAUGACAGUACUCUUCUCUAUCUGCCAGUUUUCUCGCGAUACUUAAGGGUUGCUAGGAGACUCAGUGGGAGGGCGGAGCCAGACUCGACGGGGCGGGAAGGGGCGGGGUAGGGGUCCGCGGGGAGGGGAGAGGAGGGGCGGGGCCAGGCUCGGCGGGAGGUGCGCUCUUGUGGUGGGCGGUGGCGGCGACGGCCUCGCGAAGGUUCCAGAGCCGCCGCGUGCGGGAGGCGGGCCGCGAUCUCGCGCAGGGUCGGUGUGCGCGCAGGUUGCGGCGCUGCGACUAGUGCUGGUGGGCGUCUGCGCUCGGUUUGAGGGCUCCGCGCGGCGUUUCCCGUUCCCUCCUCUGCGCGGGUGCAGCUCGGGCCUUGGGCCUGACCCAGCCUCCAUGGCUUCGGAAGAACUACAGAAAGAUCUAGAAGAGGUAAAGGUGUUGCUGGAAAAGGCUACUAGGAAAAGAAUACGAGAUGCCCUUACAGCUGAAAAAUCCAAGAUUGAGACAGAAAUCAAGAACAAGAUGCAACAGAAAUCACAGAAGAAAGCAGAGCUUCUUGACAAUGAAAAGCCAGCUGCUGUGGUUGCUCCCAUUACAACCGGCUAUACAGUGAAAAUCAGUAAUUAUGGAUGGGAUCAGUCAGAUAAGUUUGUGAAAAUCUACAUUACCUUAACUGGAGUUCAUCAAGUUCCCACUGAGAAUGUGCAGGUGCAUUUCACAGAGAGGUCAUUUGAUCUUUUGGUAAAGAAUCUAAAUGGGAAGAGUUACUCCAUGAUUGUGAACAAUCUCUUGAAACCCAUCUCAGUGGAAGGCAGUUCCAAAAAAGUCAAGACUGAUACAGUUCUGAUCUUAUGUAGAAAGAAAGUGGAAAACACAAGGUGGGAUUACCUGACUCAGGUUGAAAAAGAGUGCAAAGAAAAAGAGAAGCCCUCCUAUGACACUGAAACAGAUCCUAGUGAGGGAUUGAUGAAUGUUCUAAAGAAAAUUUAUGAGGAUGGAGAUGAUGAUAUGAAGCGAACCAUUAAUAAAGCCUGGGUGGAAUCGAGAGAGAAGCAAGCCAAAGGAGAUACAGAAUUUUGAGAUUUUUAAAGUCCUUUUUGGGAACUGUGAUGUGAUGAGGGAAUACUGAUGUUCCCAAUAAGGGAAUAUUGGCGAGCUGCAUAUAUAAAUUUGACAGAUAGAUAGCUAUUUACAUAGCCUUCUAAGUAAAGGCAGUAAAUUCUCCAUUUCCUACUGGAGGAUUUAUUUAAAUAAAAUAUGCUUAUUAAACACAACUGCAAAGAUGGUUUUGUUAGUAUCCUGGUCAUCUUGUUCAAGGAAGGGUUAUAAUUGCAUUCUCUUGUGAAAUAUAAAAAGCAAGUCUUGCCCAAGUAAAAGGCUACACUGUGUGUAUUUUUGUUCACCUAAGAAUUAAAACAAAAGUAUUUGCUUGCCUGUAAGUUAAUGACAUCAGCGUCCACCAAUGUAAAAACUGAGUAAAACCUGAAUUUUUGCAUAAAAUGCAAAUCUGUGCCUGUGCCUGAAGGUUGUAGAACAUCUGACCCCUUAUUAGCAGCUUAAGCAAUGUAUAUGCCAUGUAUUACCGUGCACUAAUGCAAUCACAAAUGUUUCUAUCUAGAUUUAAAUGUAUUUGUUAACAAAGGUAGAAUAGAAACCAAACCUAAACAUGACAAUAGACAAACAUCUUUGUAUGGUACCAGUUAGUUUUGCCAUGGAUCAGAUGGUUUAUAAAAUUAACCAUAAAACAAAAGAUAAUUUGAAAGCCCAUCUAUUCCUGUGCUCAAUAAAGUUUUUCUUCAUUAGAA